AUGCAAGAACAGAAGCUACUAUGUAGCUCAAUGGAAUAUCUCGCCCUUCUUCCUCCUUCUCCUUCUCCUUCUUCGUUUCGUACCGUCUUCGUGGCUCUUAGUGGGAGCAGGAAAAGCAAAUAUGUCGUUACAUGGGCGCUCGAAAAAUUUGGUCCAGAAGGAAAUGUUGGCUUCAAGCUACUUCACAUCCAUCCAAGGAUUACUUGUGUACCUACACCUAUGGGAAAUACAAUCCCUAUUUCCGAGGUACGAGAGGAUGUGGUAACUGCAUACAGACAGGAAAUACUGUGCCAGUCUGAACAAGUGCUUACACCUUUCAAGAAAAUGUUCGAGAAGAGAAGGGUUGCAGUAGAAGUUCUUGUGAUCGAGUCAAAUAAUGUGGCAGCCGCUAUAGCUGAAGAAGUUAUUCGGAAUUCAACAGAAAGACUUGUCAUUGGAAGCUCAUCCCGUAGAUUUUUCUCAAGGAGAGUUGAUCUGUGCUCAGCCAUAUCAGCAUUGAUGCCAAACUUUUGUACAGUCUUUGUUGUUUCAAAAGGAAAAUUGUCAAGCGUCCGGCCAGGAUACUUAGACGCAAAUGCAAGUAUAAGAGAUGAUACCUCUAGCAGUUCUUCCCGUCCCAUCUCAGAAUCAACAGAUGGAACUUCAAGUGCACGUGACUCUUCCUCUAGUUCUAUAUCCCUUCCGGUAAGGAGAUUGCAACAUUUAACGACUGCUGCAAGACAAGCAUCAGCUCAAAUGGAAACGAAUUCUGUUGGCUCGGAAGUAACCAUGUGCAUGUCUAUGGAUGUUUCACGUACCAAUAAAAGCAGCAUGGAUACUAAAUCACCUUCGACUCCAGGGUUGAGAGAUAAUGAGGAAAGAAAAAAGGCAAUGAGUUCUUCUUCUAGCAACCUUGAAUAUGGGAACGCCACUCACUCUCGUUCUUCUCAACAAGCUUCCAGCAUGUGUGAUAAUAUAAGUGAACAAUCUUAUACAAGUAACCAGGUAAACCUAAGCUUUGAGGUUGAUAAGUUGAAAGCUGAGCUUAGACACAUUCAAGAAAUGUAUGCCGUUGCUCAAACCGAAAUCUUUGAUGCUUCUCGAAAGCUUGGUGAGAUUAACCAACGCCGGUUAGAAGAAGCCAGAAAGCUUGAAGAGAUAAAGCUAAAGGAGUACGAAGCUAAAGAGUUGGCAGAAAAGGAAAAGCAGAACUUUGAAAAGGCGAAGCGAGAUGUAGAGAGCAUGAGAGAAAAAGUGGAGAAAGAAAUAGCACAGAGAAGAGAAGCUGAGAGGAAAGCCAUUCGUGAUUCUAAAGAGAAAGAGAAGCUUGAAGGCACACUUGGGACUCCCCAGAUGCAAUAUCAACACUUCACUUGGGAAGAAAUUGUGGCUGCAACUUCAUCUUUCUCAGAGGAGAUGAAGAUCGGAAUGGGAACUUGUGGAGCUGUUUACAAGUGUAACAUGCAUCAUACAACCGCAGCUGUCAAAGUUCUGCAUUCCCCUGAAAGUCGUCUGUCCAAAGAAUUCCAACAAGAGCUCGAAAUCUUGAGUAAGAUUCGGCACCCGCACUUGGUUCUCCUUCUAGGAGCAUGCCCGGAGCAAGGAGCUUUAGUUUAUGAGUACAUGGAAAACGGUAACUUGGAGGACAGGCUAUUCCAGGUCAACAACACUCCGCCACUCCCCUGGUUUGAGCGGAUUAGGAUCGCUUGGGAAGUCGCAGCGGCUCUUGUCUUCCUCCACAAAUCAAAGCCUAAACCGAUCAUUCACCGUGAUCUAAAACCAGCAAACAUCUUACUUGAUCACAACUUUGUCAGCAAAGUUGGAGACGUUGGACUCUCAACGAUGGUUCAAGUCGAUCAUUUAUCAACUAAGUACACUAUAUACAAACAAACAAGCCCUGUAGGGACGAUAAGUUAUAUGGAUCCUGAGUAUCAACGCACGGGAAUGAUAUCAUCGAAGGCAGAUGUAUAUUCGUUUGGAAUAAUACUUCUUCAGCUUCUCACGGCAAAACCGCCUAUGGCGUUGACACACUUUGUUGAGAGUGCAAUGGAUAGUGACGAUGGGUUUCUCAAGAUCUUAGAUCGGAAAGCGGGUAACUGGCCAGUUGAAGAGACCCGUGAGUUGACAGCAUUGGCUUUGUGUUGCACAGAGCUACGAGGGAAAGAUAGGCCUGAUUUAAGAGAUCAGGUUCUUCCGGCGCUUGAGAGCAUGAAAAGAGUAGGUGAGAAGGCAAGACAUUCAAUCUCCGGGGUGCCAACACAGCCUCCAACUCAUUUCCUUUGCCCCUUACUUAAGGACGUGAUGAACGAGCCUUGCGUUGCAGCUGAUGGAUACACAUAUGACCGUCAUGCGAUAGAAAAGUGGCUUGAGGAGCACGACACGUCGCCGAUGACUGAUUCACCCUUAAAUAACAAGGACCUUUUGCCCAACUAUACUCUUUUUACAGCCAUCAUGGAGUGGAGGUCUAGACUGAAGUAA